AUGGGCAUGGCCGCGAUUGGCGUCGCUCUGUGGAAGUACGUGAUGAAAUACUCGCCAAGGAACCUGAACUUCUUCAACCGCGACCAAGAACCUGGCGGCCACCUACUACCGCCCCGGCCAAGCGCUGGUCGACAACACCACCUGGUGCAUGACAACAACCAAAUCACUUGCGACGGCAGCGUCGACCUGUGCAACACCGAGGACGUCAACGCCAAGAUGCGCGCCUGGGGCUGGCACGUCCUCGAGGUGGCCGGACGGCUGCUACGACGUCGAGGGCAUCUCAUCGGCAUCGGCAGCAAGGUCGCAGGAGAUGCCAAGGCGCACGGCGCGGCGUACGGCAGCGAGGACGUCCGCAGCAUCAAGCGGGCGUUUGGCAUGGAUCCGGACGAACACUUUGCCCUAGAGCGCGACUGGGACGCGCGUCUGGCUGCCUACGCCGAGCACCACCCACGCCUGCAUGCGCAGUUGGCCCUGCGCGUGGAGGGCAAGUUCCCGCGUGACUGGAGAGGAAUGAUCCCGGGCAAGGAGGCGUUGUCUAGCGAGCCCAUGGCGUCACGAAAGUCGGCCGGGCUUAUUUGCAAUCCCCUCGCGGCGGGGCUGGAGAACUUGAUGGUGGGCACGCCGGACCUGUCGCCGUCGGUGGCGAUGAUGUGGAACGACAAGCCGGAUUUACGGACGGAGUGCGGCAUUGACGGCAAUUACGCCGGUCGGUACAUCCACUUCGGCGUCCGAGAGCACACAAUGGCGGCGAUUGCUAAUGACCUGGCUGCUUUCAACAAAGGAAGCUUUCUGCCUAUUAUAUCUAGCUUUUUAAUGUUUUACAUAUACGCCGCACCCACAGUCCGCAUGGGAGCCCUACAAGGCAUACAGGCGACUCACAUUGCCACGCACGACUCGAUUGGCACCGGGGAAGACGGUCCUACGCGCCAGCCCAUCGCUCUCGCUCAGCUGUACCGCGCCAUGCCCAACGUCCUGUACAUCCGGCCCUGCGACACCGAAGAGACCGCCGGCGCGUUCUACCCCGAAUACUCGUCCCGCGAGGGUGUGCAGCGAGGAGGCUACGUAUUCGUCGAAGAUGAUGACUCCGAGGUCACGUUAUUUGGCGUGGGUGCUGAAAUGCGCUUCGCGAUCGAGGCCCGAACCAUCCUGCGGCGCGAUUUUAGCAUCAAGGCCCGUGCGAUCUCCCUCCCGUGCCAGCACUUGUUCGACGCACAACCCCCCAGGUACAAGCGGGAGGUACCGCGCUACCACCAGGGGCAGAUCCCACGGGUGGCGAUCGAGGCGUACGCGGUGAAUGGCUGGGAGAGGUACGCCAACGCGGGCUUCACGAUGGCCUCUUUUGGAAAGAGUCUGCCAGGAAAGGAGGUUUACAAGUACUUUGGAUUUGACGGGGCGGUCAUCGCGAAGGAGGUGGCCAGGCUGGUGGCGGACGGGAGAAGGGAUGGCAUCUAG